AUGCAUUGCGUUUCGAUUGAGAAUGCUUUAGAUAUUGAGACCUUCCAAUUCCUUGAGCAAAAAGUGGGCCAAUUCCUCUUGUAUCAAUUAAGAGACUUUGCCAGCGUCGAGGAUGCUCUCAGCAAAAUUCUUGUCGACGGCGCCAACGUUAUCGUCCUAAAUGUAGGCCAGCAAGCCGCUCUGAAACUUCUAGAGAAGGCACAAGAAAAGAAUAUCCUACAGCAGCCCUUCUAUUGGCUUGUCUUUAAUGCUGUGAUCGAAUUUUCUACAAAUGGCAGGUUUACUGAAUUUCCAGAACUGAGUGCCAUUCCAAAACCCAUAACACCGAAAGAUCUGAUUUUUCGGGACACGGCUGUUGUGGGACUUCAGAGACUCGCUAGACUUCUCAGUAAAACAGUGCCAAAUGACAUAACUCUCAUCACGAGCACGCGGGAUGGUAUGGAAAACACUGUCAUCCAACAAAAAUGGAAAUUUUACUCGUAUGUGGACACGAACUUUGACUCGAGGAGUGCCUACGAAGUAACCGUACUAACCAACGGAUCAAUUGUAGCGAGCUUCCAAGCACUGAAGCAACCUCCAUCGGGUGAACUUUUGCUUAAUCGAAUGCGGUCGAAGCCUUUUCGUCUUGGUACCAUCAAGGUCCCACCAGUGAUAACAGAGGAGACCGACAAGAACGGAGCUGUGACUGUAAGUGGACCCGAGAUCGUCUUAGCAAAGGCACUCCUGAACCGCUUGAAUGUGUCCUACAAUAUCACUUUAUUCGAUUUGGGUGUUGGCGAGGAGGUGGACGGACGGUGGACCGGCAUCUUCGGGCUUCUGGAGGAGUGGGACAUAGACCUCCUCGUUGGUCCGUUCUCGGAGACGUGGGAUCGAUCGAAAAGUUUCCUCAGCACUAGCCCCAUUCGCAGCAUCACCUACAACUACAUGUACCUCCGACCCUCGCUCAAGGCCUCCCUCCAGAUCUUCCAGUUCGUCGUCGCCUUCGACGGUUACACAUGGCUCCUCAUCUUCAUCACCGCUGCACUCUUUGCUGGGGCCCUCACCCUACUCCACAAAAUCAGUCCAAACACUCUCAGCUACACCAUCCACCCUUCCAUGCUCUUCGUUUUCGGCUACCUUUUUCAGGGAGUGCGAACACGGCCACCAAGUCAGGCGUCGAGUCAGAUCCUCAUCGUGGUGUGGUGGUUCUUUUGCCUCGUCCUCGUCAUCGCAUUCUGCGCUAACUACGCCGCCUACCGUUCCUUCACGGCAUUGCAGACCCUCCCCACCACUGUCUUCGCCCUCCUUCACCAGGAGUACUACAAAUAUGCCUACAUAAAUGGAUCAAAUAUGAACAUGGAGAUGAGUGUAUCGCUGGACCCGUCAAUUUACGCCCUUUACACAGAAAUCAACACGAAAUACAAAGACGUGAUACCUCCUAAUCGAAGUGCCGGUGUUGACAAAGUCAUAAAGCCAAUGCCGAACGGACCAAUCGAAAGGCAGGACCGCGUGGAGCCCUCUUUUAAUGGGUUGGGCAGGGGCUAUGAGGAGCAGCUAGCCGGCGUAAAUAGGCAAUGUGGGGCCACAUUCAAGGCAAAGGCACUCGAGGCGAUGCGAAAUCCUCUCGUCAAUUGGUCUGAUUAUUCGGUCGAGUUCGCCUCCGCCUUCGGCAUCUUCAUAGUCAUCCUCAUUGGCCUCGUCAUCGUCUUGAUCGUCUUUAUCGUAGAAUUCUGCCUCGAUGUCUACAAGAAGCCGGAACAGGGCCAAUGA